GUCAUGCAGGCCAGGUCUCCCCACAUUUUGAGGAAAGAGGACUCUGAGCCUCCUCCUGAAUGUCAGCAUCCUUGGACAGAGGGUACUUAUGAGUGACCACAACUUAAAGCAUUGCUAUUGGAAAUGCUGUGGGAUGGAGACAUGCCCAGGGGCAGGCACAGAGUGACCCAGAGACCAUCAGUGUGGUUGGGCCACGUGGGGCUUGUGCUGCACCCCAGCGAGAAGGGGCCGGGGGCUGGUGCGAGCCCCAUGGGCCAAGGCCUGCGCCUGGGGGCAGCGUCAGCCCGUCCAGCGCAGGUGGAGAAGCCCAGUCUGAAGCUCAGCCCUCAAACAAUGGGAAGUUUCCAGCAGUGCCCUUUGCAGAAUCAAAAUUCGAGGAAGAACGCAAACCUCUGGGCAGCACCCAACUUUAUCAAGGCCAAAGAACCAGAGUCUCCACUGAGCAGGAGACAGCGGAGCUCAGCUGAGCACCCCGAUGUGGGCAGUUCUGCAGCAUGUGUGUCCUGUGCGGUGUCACCUGCUCCAGGGAGUAACAUGCAAAAAGGGAUCCGACGUCCUCUACCGUGCAGGACCUGCGGGAGGCGUGCGCCAGGGCAGCAGGACCCACAGCAGCAGACGGCUCCCCUCCGCCUCGCGCGGCCUGGGCGGGUGUGUUUUGGAAGCAAACGCCUGAGCUGCAUGGAGCUCGUCGUGGGCACAGCUGGACUUUGGGUGCCCCCAGGAGCACUCAGCUCCUCUUUGGCAGAGGGACGCGCGCUCGCUCGGCUACCCGGGAGUUUCGCCAGGCCUUCCCUGCCCAGAGGGACGGGGUACCAGGGCCACCCCCUCCCUUCUAUCGCUGGCCAUCCCUGGACACCCUGGAGAGCCUGUGGUGGUGGGGGGGCCUUCCCCAGGACUGGCCUGAUCCUCAAGAAUAAAAUAAGGAUGAACCAUAAAACUUGCCACUGA